GAUCUUUGUGAUUUGCACAACACCUUUAUGAAAGUGCUUCUUAUCCAUGCGGUAGCACAAGAGGAGCGAAUGGCGGCGACCGCGAUCUACGCUCGCGCCCAUAGGUAGUAGAGGAGGAGCGGCAGGCGGCAGCGGCGACCCGCACUCGCGCCCAUGGGGCAGCAGAGGAGGAGCGGCAGGUGGCAGCGGCAAUCCACGCUCGCGUCCAUGGGGCAACAGUAGGCGGCAGCGGUCCUUGGGGCAUCAGAAAAGUAACCGCAAGGCAUUUAUUUACAACAACUAAGGCAAAGGCCAGAGAGAAAAUUACGGGAUUACUAUCCUCACUAAUUGAGUACCAAGAGGUGCGCGUGGUGGUUACGAUAUACCCCCAUUAAUUGUGGACAAAGAGGUGCGCGAGGUGGUCUGCCCCAGCAGAACAUUUAAUCUGAACCAUUAACUUGUGUGGCAAACUAUUGAUGUAAUAUAGACUCGGAUUUGAUUUAAUUAGAUUGAUCCGACAUCCUGAUAAUUCCGUGUACAGUUGUUGGUGUAGCUGUAGGGGAGUCUAUGUUUGCUUUUUUAAUAGUACUGUAGAUGUAGAAGUGUAGAUUUUUCUUUUUUCUUCCUUUCUUCAUUUUCUGGGUUUCAAUUUUUUUCCUAAUACAACUAUAUUAUUCUCUUUGUGUGUCCAUUGAUUUAGGGAAGAAUACUUUUUUUACGGGGAGAUUUAGGGAAGAAUACUGUUAAUAAGCCUUAAUGCUGCUAAUAGUUUAGGGAUUUCUCGCAAAGCAAUAUAGCUGCCGAAUUAACCCUAGUAUAUUCUGCUAUUGAUUGGUCUUUCAAUGUGUCAUACGCAUUGUUUCAGUCUUCACAAACAAAACGAAAACAUCAUUAUUUUGAGAUUGUGUAUCAUAUUUGUAUUUGUGACCAAGCUGUCCGCAUUCAAAUGCGCAUCUGGCAUCUCCAAUGUCUUACUUCGACUUGAGAAAAGAAAAAAACAUAUGGGAUGAUCAAUAUUUAUCUCCAUCUUCCCUGUUUGUGCGAUAAUCGCACGUCAAGCAUGCUGGAGAAAACUAAGAUAAGCUUCCAGUAGCAGCAGCUGUUUCUUUGGUACUCCAGGUCCGUUAACGGUGAGCUUGAUCGCCUCACCUGGAAGAAUUUGAAUUUCAUGAUGCAUCCCCCUGAUUAUAAGUCGAAGUGCACCAAACACCAAACACGUACGAAACAGCUCAUGUGCCAUGGGUACAUCGGUGCACCGGUCAUAGCAAGCACAGGAUGCCUCCUCCACCAACCGUGAAACGAGGCAAUUAUUGUUGCUUACAGAAGUACUGUUGAGGCAACAGUGUUCACUGUCGACUCUCAACUUUAUUCAUUGCACAUAGCCUCAACAGCCUUGUUUUGCAGUGCGGUAGUUAUUGUUCAAUGAGUAGUUCUUGCCAGUGGCCUGCACAGCUCCAGCUGGUUCCUUUCCCCUAGCUUUGCUCCGCCAUCCGGGAGGUGGGCGAACGAUCCUCUGCCCCCUGCGCUGCAUCAUCCCCGUCCCAUUGCUGGCUCGAAUCGAAGCUUCUUGCUUUUGGGUGGAGGGGCUAGAAGCAGCCAUGGCCCAAGCCAUUGUCCAAAGCUCAUGCAGAAAGCUCAGAGCCGCCAUCGCCGUCGGAGACAAGGCCACCGGCAAUUUGCAGGAAAUAAUGGAGACGCUGGAGGUCAUACACCCGCUGCUGGCGGACGCCGAGAUGCGGUGUCUUCGUUUUAGGUGUGAUGCCCCCAAAGAGAAAUCGGAAGAAAUGGAAACUACGCCGGAAGCCAUACAGCCGCUGCUGGAGGAUGCCCCCCAGCAAAUGGAGGGGAAGAAGGUGCGGGACUGGCUGCGGCGGGUCGUGAAGGCCGCCUACAACAUCUUGGACGAGUUGCAAGACACAAUGACACCACCUGCACCCGCGCGAAAGUUCAUGAAGAUGAUGCCGCGUGCCAAAGUCCUCAAGAAGAAGAAUCUCAUGGCCGAUAAGAUGGAGAAGAUAAAAGAAGAAGUCUACAAGCUAUGGGUCGACAUGGAUGAAUUUAAUCUUAUGUCACCUAGUUCCGAUGCAAGGAUCGAGCCACCACUUAUUUAUGUAACAGAGGACCCAAAGAUUGGAAGGGAGUUAAACAAAUACAGAUCAUAAUGGAAAGUAUAUCUGUGAAAAAAAGGGCACCACAUUACAGUUCAAAUUGGUGGGUGCCAGGAUGGCAGCAAGACAAGAUUAGCACGAAUGGUUUUCAACCAUACCCGAUUCAAAGACUACUCUAGGGUAUGGAUCCAAUGCUCCAGAAAUCUUCACUUGCAUCAGAUAGGGAAGUCCAUAAUUUCUCAGGUAUCAGGGGAAGAGAUCAACGGUGGUUCCGAUGACAACAUGGAGUAUGUGAGCAAGCGCCUUCACCAAUUACUUGAUGAUAGUAUUAAGGUACUUGUUGUUUUAGAUGGCAUAUGGCUAUCACGGCAUGAUUGCGAAGAGUUGCAGGGUAUGUUAAGGGAAGGGAGCGAUCGUGGUGAGGUAAUCUUGAUAGCGACGGACACUGGAGAAAUGCAUUUUCGGAGUUAUAGUGAAUCGAGUGAGGACAUGUGCUGGACGAUUAUCAAGCAACGAAGUCACUUUGAAGGUAGAUUGUUUGACAAACAAGAGUUGGAGCAGAUUGGUGUAGAUAUUGCAAAGAAGUGUGAGGGUUCACAGUUGGUAGCUGAAAUGCUUGGUGGCGUGCUUCUCUACAAAGAUGCUACAGGAUGGGCAUAAGUAUUGAACAGUGAUAUAUGCGAAGAUGGCCAAAACGGUGAGCCAUUCCUCAUGUUAGCAUACACUAGUAUGCCGCCGAGCUUACGGCUAUGCUUUACUUACUUUGCGAUGUUCCAAAAUGGUCACACUAUAGCCAAAGAUGAUCUGAUUUAUCAAUGGACUUCUCUCGGUCUUAUUGAGCAAUCCGACAGAUUCUCCGCGAUACACGUUGGUGAGCAGUAUAUUUCAAUGCUUCUGGGCAUGUCACUUCUUCAAACAACAAUGCCGGUUUCGACUAGUGGAAGUGCUGAUAAGAGUACAACCUGGUUCACUGUAAACCAUAUGGUGCAUGACCUUGCAAAACAAGUUAUGCAUGACAUAUAUGAUACAAAGGAGACGUCUUAUCAGCAGGAAUUAUGCUCUAAUAAUGACUGCCGCUAUGUACUGCUUACCGAUUUGAAGUUAUCCAGUAAAUUGUCUGCCCAAAUAAGGGCUCUACGUUGUGUUGGCUCUGGCAAAAUGGACCUCAGCGAUGAUUCAUUUUCAUUUUCCAAGUGCUUGAGUGUCUUGGAUUUAAAUGGCACCUCGAUGCUGAACUUACCAAAUUCUAUCUGUCAGUUGAGGCAUUUGGGAUAUCUUAAUUUAUCAGGCUGCUCUGGACUACUCAAUCUACCGGAUUCACUUGGAGAUCUACUAAAUCUGUUGUAUAUUGAUUUAUCAGGCUGCUGCGGAGUAAGAAAUCUACCUGAUUCAGUUGGGAAGCUAAUUAAUUUGGCGCAUAUUGACUUAUCAGGUUGCUCUGGACUUGUAAAUUUGCCAGAUUCAUUUGGGAAGCUGAAAAAUUUGUUGCAUAUUGACUUAUCAAGAUGCCCUGGACUUGUAAAUUUGCCAGAUUCAUUUGGGAAGCUGACUAGUUUGAAGCAUAUCGAUUUAUCAGACUGCUCUGAACUAGAAAAACUGCCGCAAUCAUUCGGGAAGCUAACAAAUUUGGUGCACAUCAACUUAUCACGGUGCUCUGGAAUAGUUAGUCUAUCUCCGUCUUUUGGGAAGCUAAUGUAUUUGCUGCAUAUCAACCUAUCAGACUGCUCUGGAUUGGUAAACUUACCAGAAUCAUUUGGGAACCUCACAAAUUUGGUGCAUAUCAAUUUUUCAGGCUGCUGUGGGCUAUUAAAUCUGCCUGAGUCAUUCGGGAAUCUAAUAAAUUUGCUGCACAUUGAUUUAUCAUGUUGCCAUGGACUAGGUAAACUGCCGGAAUCAUUCGGGAAGCUGAAAAAUUUGGUACACCUAGAUUUAUCAUUCUGGUCUUGUUUUGAAGGGGUCGAGAAAGCUCUUGGUGGCCUUACCAAUCUCCAGCACCUGAACUUGUCACACCCUUGCUGUUAUCUUGCUCAACAGCAGUCCUGUCUCGAAGGACUAAAAGAUGCUCUGGGCCAGCUCACCAAAAUAGAGUAUUUGAACCUAUCUAUGUUCCUGAAUCCUAUCUUUUACUCAGAGUCAGUAGAGCGAACUCAUGGAAUUAUUGAACGUAUCAGUGGCUUUUCCAGUCUGGAACAUUUGGAUUUGUCUCAUAAUAGAUUUCUACAUGAUCUACCUGAAAGUUUAGGUGAACUCAACAAUCUGCAAACACUGGACCUCUCAGGCUGCAUUAGACUGAAGAGCAUAGCCAAAAGGAUAGGUGAAAUCAGGUCUCUCCAGUCAAUAAAUGUGAGGAACUGCCGCAGUUUGAAAAGUUGUGAGCUUGUGGUUAAACCUGAUAACGGAGAAGCAUAUAGGAACACAAACAUUGUUGAGCUCGAGAAUGCAAACUUGGAAGAGCUUGAGAUAAGCUGUCUUGAAAACGUGAAAUCUACUGAAGAUGCAAGGCAAAUACGUAGGUCACUGGGAGGAGCUGCUCAGAAGUGGAAACUUUGUUGGACUGCGGGCUCCCAAGGAUCCAUGGACGUCAAUGCUCUGUUAGGAGAAUAGUGCCACUAUAUCUGGAGGGCCUUGAGCUACAUGGUUACAAUGGCGAGACCUGCCUUUCAACCUGGUUGACAUCAACCAUAACUUAUCGUUUUGAUACUCUUGUAGAGGUUACCAUUGAGGCCAUCUCGAGGUGCAGCCGCCCACCACCACUGUGUUUGUUACUAAACCUCCGACGAGCAGUUUUCAGAAGGAUGGCUAGCAUCACAAGAUUCGACAUCAAUGACCUCACUGGUGAAUACCGAACAACACUCAAUCGACUCCCCAAGUUGACCCUAGAGUUGGAUGAUAUGGAAAGCCUGGAAGAGUUCAAGACAACAUACGACAGAAAUGGUAAGGAGUGUAUGCUCCCGGCCAUUGGUGAGCUGGUGAUUACGAAAUGUAACAAGGUGUGCUUCGUACCUUUCACGCCUAGAGCUUGGAAAUUGGUGAUCUCAGAGUGCAGCAAACUAAUGGUCCAUUCCAGAGGAGGGCACCCUUGUACCUCUGUUUCAGUAAAUGAACUGGUGGUGAAGAACUGCAAGAAAACUCUAUAUAACUGGCAUUUGCUUCACAGCCUCCCAGGCCUCCGUAGUUUAACUGUCAAAGAUUGCGACAAUGUGUGGACUAUACCAGAUACUAUGGAGGCCCUAUCCUCCCUCCAAUCUCUAUGCUUGUCCAAUUGCCGGGUGGACAAAGUACAGCACUUGGCAGACCUCACCUGUCUCCGGGAACUGAAGAUUGUGUCCUGCGAAGGGAUCAAUGGGUUCAUGCAGAGUUUGCAAGGACUCACCUCCCUUGGGUCGAUGCAUCUUAGUGACUGCGACAGUAUCACAUCACUGCCGGAAUGGUUAGGAGAUCUCACCAAUCUUGAGAAGCUUGCCAUCCACAGAUGCCCUGCCAUGGAAUCUUUGCCGAGCAGCAUAAAUAAACUGACCAACCUGAAGGAUCUGCGUAUUUUGGAUUGUCCAAAAUUGAAGAGCUGGUGUGAAAGGAGGGAGAACAAGAAAAGAAUGGCUCACAUCCGACCAGACUAUGAAGAACAUGGUACUAGCAGGCCAGGCAGCAAGGACGAGGGCAAUGCGGAGGGUGAAUUGGAGAAGGACUGGUCGGAUGUCGUGGAGGAGGACUGGUCGGACGUCGUGGAGGAGGAGGAGCCAGAGGCAGUAUCGACGGAUGCAGUGGAGAAUUCAGUGAUGACAGACACCACAAAUGUUGUAGAGGAGGUGACGAGGGAUGUGGACGCAGCAGUGGCAGCUGAUGUAUGCUUGGAGUUGCGAUUGGGACUGCCCAUAAAUGAAGAAGCGGUCCGUAUCGAAGAAGAAGGAGAUGAAAUUUCUCUACGACUGUAUUUAUAACAUUGUGUUCUUCUUUCUUUCUACUGUACUACUUUUUGGUCACACAGAUGGACAUUUUUCUUGGAUGGACACGCACAGUUACAUCGAUUUGGUUAUGCUUUGAUCGUGUUUA